AUGGGAUUUACCAACGUGUCUUAUCUGAACCCAAGGACGGUGGUCCUGCUUGGGAUCCCUGGGCUAGAACAUGUGCAGUUUUGGAUUGGGUUUCCGUUUUUUGGCAUCUGUCUGGUGGCUCUUCUAGGGAACAUCUUGUUACUCAUCAUUAUCCCUACAGAACGAAGUCUACACCAACCCAUGUACAUCUUCCUGGCAGUGCUAGCAGCCACUGACCUAGGACUCUGUGUUGCCAUUGCUCCUAAUUUAGCCAUCUUCUGGUUCCACUCUCUCUCUAUGGAUUUUGAUGCUUGCCUCACCCAGCUUUUCUUCAUCCAUGCUUUUCAGGGUAUGGAGUCUGGUAUUCUGUUGGCCAUGGCCUUUGACCGCUAUGUUGCCAUCUGUGAUCCGUUAAGGCAUAGCUCCACUCUCACACCUCUCUUUCUAGUUCGAGUGGUACUGAUGGUCGCAAUCCGGGCAACGGCGCUGGUUGGGAUUUUACCCAUUCUGCUCAAGAGACUGAAACGUUUCCACUCUGUGGUUAUUGUCCACUCUUACUGUGAGCACAUGGCCGUAGUCAAGCUGGCUGCAGAAGACACACAUAUUAACAAGGCGUUUGGGCUUUUUGUAGCUUUUGCAAUUCUAGGUUUUGACAUGAUCUUUGUUUUCAUCUCCUACAUUCUGAUUUUUCAGGCUGUGUUUCGUCUUCCCCAAAAAGAAGUACGCCUCAAAGCAUUUAACACUUGUACAGCUCAUAUAGUUGUCUUCCUGGAAUUUUAUAUCCUUGCCUUUUUCUCCUUCUUCAGUCACCGUUUUGGUCACGUGUCCCCCUAUGUACACAUUCUCUUGUCCACCAUCUAUCUGCUUGUUCCUCCUGCCCUAAACCCCAUUGUGUACGGUGUGAAGACCAAGGAAAUUCGAAAGCGGGCUGCUCAGAUUUGUAUUUUUAAACCUAACACUCAGCAAUGA